CACAAAACUACCAUUUUUUUCAAAACUUGUAAAUCUCAUUCAUUCACGCCGCCGUUGUCGUCACCGGCGAUAUCAUCAAGAUCGUAGAAAGAAAUGAGUCUGAAAAACCCUCAACUCUGGAUCGCUUCUGCAAAAGAAGCAUGGAAACUCACUUUCAAUGUAGCAAAAUUCUUUUGCGCCGUUCACGUCGUUGACAAAUACAUUUGUUCAAUCGCUUGGGUCCAUGGUCCUAGUAUGCUUCCAACGUUUAACUUAACUGGAAAUUUGGUAUUAGUUGAUCGGAUCUCGACUAGAUUUGGUGGGUUGCGGUCUGACGAUAUCGUAAUCGUGCGAUCGCCUGUUAAACCAAGAGGUAUGAUUACCAAACGCCUUAUUGGAAUGGAGGGUGAGUCUAUUAACUACGUUUUGGAUCCCAAGAACAGAGAUGAAUGUGCAAAAACAGUGGUGCCAAAAGGGUAUGUUUGGAUUGAGGGUGAUAAUAUAUAUGCUUCUAGGGAUUCAAGAUUGUAUGGAGCUAUUCCUUAUGGUCUUCUUCAAGGGAAGGUUAUUUGGAAGUUAUGGCCACCUGAAGAUUUUGGAUCUGUUGCAAGAAGGAGAUAACAAUAGUUCAUUGUUGUAAGUAUACAUUUUUGAUACCAUAAAUGAAUCUUCAUGUUAAUUUUCUUGAAGCUCUGCAAUUAGGGUUUUAUAGUUAAGAUUGUUUUAUUAAGAUUUCUUAAAUCAUUAUCAUUACAUUUUAUAACCCAUUAUUUUCUUACAAUCAAAUAUUGGCAUUGUUUAACUAAGAUAACUCAU